UUCGAGUCCGUCAUGUUUGUCAAUUUCAGCGGCGUGAGAAGAAAAUGUAUAGAUUUAUUCUGCAAAAAGUGUGAGUUGCCGGUCGGAAUUUAAUCUCGGAUGUUAAAAAGUGGCGUCCGCCGGGACCAGGAGUUGUUGUUAUAAGCCCGUCAGCGCUACAGACUGUUCAGGGGAAACCUAGACAAACUGUAGUCGGCGCGCGAAGGAUUUUUUGUCGUUAAAGUUGGUGGAGGAGGUGGCAGCAGUUUCCCUUGGUAUACCGCGCGGGGAGCCUUCUGCUCGAGAAUUUGGUUAACGAAUGGCCGUCGGCGAUGGCCAAAAGUGGGACCAACAAAGGCUGAUUUUUUGGAAACCAAAUCGUUCCAGAGGUGACGGAAGUCGACUUCGGUCUUCCACGUGGUGGAAGUUUGCUCCUCCCGAAAAAAGGACUUGCCGCGGUCAUCUGUCGAAAAUCUGGCAAACGUGCUUCUGCCAAAAGCGUAUUUGGCCGUGUAUCUGGCUCGAAUUCUCUGAAUCAACCUAGUACGAUGUCGAACGCGAGCGAAUCGGAGCAACUUCAACGUUACUUCUGGAGUCGCGUCACGGAGGAACUGGGGGAAGUUCAACGCCCGCUCAGAAACCUUUUGAAUCAACAAGCAAUCGAGUCCCAGCGAGAGCAAAUCAACCAGUAUGCAGAUGAACGGGGACUGCCCCUGGCGGAUUUUUUCCCCGGUGGGUCGAGAAAGUUCACUUUCUCGCUCCUUGAUAAAAUUAUGCUUGGCGAGUUGGCCCAGCUCGUUAAGGUCAAGGGCAUCAAACAGUUCCUUCCGCCGCCAGGAGGCCUGAGGCAGGAUCAUCGAGUGAGUCAACCAGGACCUUGUGACUACAAUAAGGAAGUCGAUAAUCUCAGAACGAGACUUCAAGGGCGUUAUGUCUUGCACGCUGCUGAUUUUGCCACAACGCGGAUUCGGGUUGAGAGGGAAGCUGGAGCCAUUCUUGUAGGGUAUGUUGAUUGUUUCAUUUGUACCCCGAAGACACAGCGCUCCUACAAGACCAAGCGUGUUGGUGACGAUUCCUGGCAGCUGACCAACUUGACAAAACAUUUCGAUGUUCAUUUUGGUCAGUCGGGUCAGUCAAGGAAAAAGCGAGUCCUCCCAGCUUCCCUACACGAGGAUCCUCUAGCAGACGAUGGUGACUCAAGCUUCGACGAACCGCGGGAAAAGCGAGCUGCGAUAAAUCUCUCCUCUUCCUCCAUCGAAUCGUUGGUCGAACCUGACCCUGCCCCAGCACGUUCAACCAGGACGAUCCUCGACAUAGAGCCUGUGCUGGAACUGCACAAUGCCGAAAGAGGUUCAGAGCCGGCGUAUGAGGCCUUGGAUGCCGACACAGACAGUUACGGAGACGCUAUUCGACCGACCUCAGCCGAUCAUGAUCUUGUUGAUGACCAGGACAACACAACAAAUACAAACGAUUCGAUAUCUGGAUUUUUUAAAUUAUUGCAAGACGCACCGAUUCUCAAGGUUAUGGUUAAUAUGCACGUACGUAACAAAUAUACGAAACCAAACGGCAGACGAUUCACCGAGCUGGAGAAGGACAUUUGCGCUUACCAGUACCUCAACUCCGGAAAAGGACACUACACUUUUUGGGGUCGAAACAUGAUCAAUAUUUCUUCGAAGACAUUACAAACCCAUAUUAAAGAGAAUACACUGGAUAUUACCGAGGGCAUCAUAAACGUAGCUGGCCUUAAAGAGUACCUGAUAAAGAACAACUUUCCGUUGGUAGUGAUGUUAUGCGAAGACGGCACCCGCAUCACGCCUGCGGUCCAGUAUGAUUACCGAACAGACGGUUUGCGUGGACUGGUUGCACCUCUCGACGAUAUUACUGGACUGCCAGAACAAGGAACAUUUGUUGCGAGUUCGCCUACCAAAAUGACCGAUGAUAUUAAAACGCACCGAGUGGCUAACUAUGGUUACGUACAGGUAGCCGUACCUCUGUGCAAAGGAGCAGCUCCUUUUGUACUAUUCCACAUGUGUACCGAUAACCGAUUCACUACCGACGAUGUUCUCAACCGGUGGAAGUAUGAAGAGACCCUUCUGGCCAUGGAGAAGAUUCAGGUUGUAGCCAACGCAGCGGAUGGUGAUAACCGAGUGAUUCAGUCAGCUGUUGAAAAUGCGCAGGAGGUGGCUCGUGCAGAGCUGGCCAAGUACAAGAUCAAGCAGAAGAUAUUGAGAACGACGAAGAUGAAUGUGAAGAAGAAGAUGAAGUAG